AUGAAAGAACAAGCUGCAGUGUUUUAUUGUCAAGCCAUGUUCGCGUUUGAAAUGCAUAAAUCAUUGAAACGUAUGGAAUCGAAUGGACAAGAUUCUGGGUUCUUGUCUGGUCUCAUACCUGAAAGUGUGCAUGGAAAGUGUUCAGAUUCAAUAAUUGAUCAAGAAUUGUUGGAAGAGGCGUUUGGACUGGAUGAAUCUGGGGACUCUGCUCUUCAUGAUGCAAUAAGAAAGGGUGACUUGGAGACUGUCUACAGCCUGGUGAAUCUCGCCCCAAACGGGAAAUACCUGAGCAUCUUGAACAAGCAUCGAAGAUCCCCUUUACACGUUGCCGUUCUCCGCAAGCAACCCUGGGCCGUCCGCCGCCUAGUAAUCGCUGGGGCGCUGGUCGGUGCCCGCGAUCGCCGCGGCAACACUCCUCUACACCUCGCCUGUGCGCUGGGCGAACGGACGUCCUUGGACUGCCUCACCACUCCCGUGUCGGACGAAGAGUCGCGACUGUGUUCCACACGCGCGCCGCCAUGUUUAUCAUCGUCGGCGGGCGCGGCGCUGAUCACAGAGCGGAAUGACGACGGCUUGACUCCGCUGCACCUGGCGGCCAUUGGCGGCUUCACCGAUUCAGUCGCGCGUCUCGUCUCGUUGGGUGCGGACGUGGACGAAGUGGAUGGAUUGAGUGGACGGAGUGCGUUGCACUUGUGCGCAGCUAAGGGCGAUUCGAUGAUGUGCAUGGCCCUCAUGGAGUUGGGUGCGGAUUUGAGGCUAGUCUCGUGGGAUGAGUCGAGUGCGGCAGAUGUCGCUCUAUGCAAUGGAUUCCGUGACUUGGCCGAGCUUCUGUGUGUCGUCGACUGCGAUGAAUCGUUUUCGGCAUCACCUGUGAUGUAGUUUCCGACACCCGUGCUUCUGUAAACUCUGGGCAGGUGUCGCUUGAAUCCGGGAGUUGACGCCGUGAAGAAGACGACAUCUAUCCAAUGGGAAAGUGAAAUACGACACAUGCUAGGGGUUUGUCGCAGAAGAUGAAUGUUACCACCGAUUUGAUUGAUCCGAUUGCUGGAAAAAUUUUGCGUGUACAUUCGUGACUUGUGCGUUUUGUAUUCAUUCGAAAUGAAUGCUCUCGAUUUCUCUUAUAAAGGUCUGAAAUCUGAUGUA